AUGAAGGUCCUUGCAGCAUAUCUCCUCGCAUCUCUCGCCGAAUCUGGUGAGCCCAACAAGAAACAGAUCACCAGCAUUCUAUCUUCUGUCGGUAUUGAAUCUGAUGCCGAUCGUGUUGACACUCUUAUCAAGGAGCUGUCUGGUAAGACCAUUGCCGAAGUAGUUGCUGAAGGUGCUACCAAGCUUGCCUCCAUGCCUGCUGGUGGUGCUUCGGCCUGUGCUGCUCCUGCCGCUGCUGGUGGUGCCGCUUCAUCUGCUGCUGCAGCUGUUGAGGAGAAGGAAGAAGCCAAAGAAGAAUCUGAUGAUGACAUGGGCUUCGGUCUCUUUGACUAAGUGUUGCGUAUCCCUGAAAUAUCUUUCAAUAUAUUCAUUGGUACUAUAAACUAGCAAUUUGUUUUAAUCUUUUGUAUUGAUGCCAUAUUUUUAAUAAGCUCGGAUUAAUUUCUUGGUAGCAGCUUUUUAUUGUUGCCAAGACCAGACACUGAGCAAAAGGAACGUUUAGACGAGUCCAGCACUUGACUCGUUAGAAAUACUAGAAUGCAUCUCACAUGGCUUUUGCCUGUGAAUUGCAUGUCUUGAAGUACGAGUGAUUUUUACAUUACAGUUGUAUUCAUCGUUGCCAAGUGUGCUGACUACAACUGCACCACUUGAUUGUUCAAAUAAAUCCAGUUUCAGCAUUUUCAA